CAUCUACUGUGUUUUGUGUGUUUUUCUUCUCAGCUCGAGAUGCAGACGAACGGGAGAAGUGGAUCCAUGCCUUAGAGGGGACUAUUCUCCGUCACACCCUCCAACUGCAGGUAAGUCACUCACUCACUAGCUUCACUCUUGUAAUACUGGGGGUACUAGUCCCAAGCCCUUGAGUUCGGCUAAAGAGGAGAAAGAUUUUGCUCAACCUUUUUAUUUGAGAUAAGCUUUCUCAUAUGAUUGGGAUAACUCUUGCUGUUGUUGCAUUGUCAAAAAAAUUAAUAAUCCAAGUAUGUGUUUUAACCUUUUAAAGAAGGAACAUUAUGUGAACAUUAGUUCUUCAAUUUGUUAUUUUGAUUACCUAAGACCACAGGAAAUAAUAGAGGAACUGUUGAGAACAUUGAGCAGUAGCAGUUUGUUUCACCUUUUGGAAGCAUGUGUUGUCAAAUUAAACUUUCAUGCUAUUUGUUGAGGUCUUUUGGAUGCAGGAAAUUGGCAUAUCUAAUUAAUAUCAUGCCUCUGUCAGCCUCAUCCCAACUAGUAGCACUGGGACACUGCUGGCAGGCUAAAGCACUCUGGUUCUAAUCAGUGCAAGGGUUAAGAAGUCCUCUGAGAAUAGAAAGAAAUUAGUCUAGACACAGUAAGAGUGUCCCUGUGUGGUUAGGAGCACAGGGAGCACGGUGUGGUUAGGAGCACAGGGAGCACGGUGUGGUUAGGAGCACAGGGAGCACGGUGUGGUUAGACUGUUGGCUGGCGAUGGGUAUCAUGUUUAUCUAUGAAAGCCUGUUUGUAAAGAGUGCCUUGUAUUAGUUGCUCUCUGAACUGCUAAUUUCCGGCUCUUAUUUUGAUUUGUGCCCUUUGUGGCUAACAAAUAUAGGCCUACUUUCUCUCACCACCCUUCAUUCUACCCUCCAGUUGUUUAUGUACCUUCUGUUCUUCUUUUCUUCUCUAACCCACUCCUCCCCUCUGCUACCCCUCCCUCUGCCUCACUCUCUCCGAUCCCCGCCCUCAGUGUAAAAAAAACACUGCUGACUGGCUGCCUGCUUACAAACACUGUGUAAGUGUGGAGUCAUAGCGGCAUCAUGUGACCUGGACCGAAUCGGAGCCCUGCUUACUCUAUCAGCCAGACAUCUGCCCCGCAGCUUUAUCCAAUCAGAGCAGCUGUUGUUGCUUGUCACAUGGGCUUGUGCUGCCUUUUUUCUCUCUUUUUUUUAAAAAGAAAGUAUUUGCUUCCUGUCAGAGAGGAUCCUGGAUUAACUUUGCCUGCGUAUGCUGCUGCUCAGCUGAUGUAGAACGUACUGUAGAUGUACCAGACGAUUCUGAAGUGUUGUUUCUGCUGGCAGUCUGUAGGAGUGGACAGUUGUUUGUUUGCGUAAGAGAGGAGCUUUAGGGUCAGCUUUGGCCUGUGCAUUUUGACGAGGCAUGUCCCUCAGGGCUCUGCGUUCUGUGAGUACCACACUGGGGGGAAAUGGUUGGUUGGAGUACAAAGAUGCAGUUCCUAACUGGGUCAUGCUGUGUGGAAAGCCAAAUGGGGAGGGGAGGGGGUGGGGGUCUGAGUGAAGGGUGGGCUAGAUUGGUGAGCUUUCAGGUUUCUUAUUUCCAAUGUCUGGUGGUUAGUGGGGGUGGGUGUGGAGGGAUUGUCUGGUUAGAGGAAGCUCUAUUUGGGAACAGAUUGAGUGAACAUGCCAAAGCUGCGGUCACUAGCCUACAUGACCGUCCUCUGGGUGUAUAAACUGCUCUAGUCCAGCAGAAAGAUCCCCUCCAUCAUGGUGAUAUGGACUUGUGUUGACAUAACAGAAAUAGAGAGCAAUAUUGACUCUUUUUUUCCCUCUGUGUUUGUUUGUAAUGUUAAAGGCUUUGUCCCUCUGCGAUUAUGAGGUUAGGGUCAUAUUGAUAGCAUUUUCUUUAACCGUUUGAACCUCAAAUACAACAGGGACCCGCUCAACAGUUUUAUAUGUAAAUAGUGUAUGAUAGAACUAUGUGAAAAUUGGGAUGGAAUGAUUUUGAUCACUGGGGUAAAGAAAUUACUCUAAAAGUCUGACAUGAAUAGGGGGAAACUCAAGAAACUGUUUCAUGUUAUAUUUCAUGUGUCUUUGGAUGCAGGUGUUAAAACAAUACAGCUUCUCAUAGGUGUAAAAAUCAGUCCAUGUUGUGUGAGGCCUUACCCUCACACCUAGCCAGCACUAUUACUGUAGUCAACAUAACCAUAACCAUGAGCAUGCAUUUCCCCGCAAGUGGGUUGAAGUCGCUUUCAAAUUCAGAACCUACAGUUGUGGCCAGGAUUUUUUUUUAAUUAAGUAGAUUUGAUUUCCUGGCUACCCAUCCACAUCGCUCCAGCCAAACGCCUCGCCCACUAACGUUUCUUCUGCACGAUGAGUCUGGAUUUGAUCUCCUCCCCGGCAUCUUCUCGAAUGCGAACGCAUUCAAAUCGUUCUGAUUGGUCCCAGAAAUCAAUUGGUUGGGCCAGAGCCUGAACACAUGUGGGUAAAGCGGUGUUUCGGAAAUAGUAAUUGGCUUUUGAUACUCUGAUUGAUUAGAGACGAUCCAAUUGCUAAUGACUUGUUUUUACAAAGCCCCUUACUUUGAUGUAAGCAGAAACGACUACGAAGGUAGUCUCAGACUGAAUGUAUGUAGUGAUAGGGUAACAGAAUUAAAUUCAGGCAGAGUCUUCAGGCAAGGAUUUGAUAUCCGGCAUUUGUAUUUAUUAGGUUUUCUCUUUUCUGCCUCUUCAAAUUUCGUUGAUAGAGGAAGAACAAGAGAGACAUCAGACAUGUCUGUUUCUUAGAAACAAACAUGAAGCUGUGUGGAUGUCUGCUUGCCCACACACACACACAAAAACACCCAUGAGAAUCCCAAUGCCCUCACUGCUGUGACUGUGCCCACUUAAGGUUCUUAGAGAGGAGACCGAUGUAUUUUUUUGGUUGCCCCCCAAGCUCUAAAGAGCACUAAUGCUAGCCUCAUCUUCCCCACAAAUUGAAAGAGGACUAUUCUUAGCUAAGUGCCUGUUUUUUAUUAUUUGCUCAGGUACCUCUUUGGCCACCAACACUAAGCAACUUCCUUCUAUAUUGAUAGCAAACUACCUUUGACCCUAAAGGAGUUAAAAAAAAAAAAAAAGGCCAGACUUUGGUCUCUAUAAAUAAAGCUUGCUAGGUUUUUACAGUUGACACUUUAGACAACGCUGGGGUUAAUGUGUGUUGAUGGCUUUUCUUCACAUCCCUGUACGAUACACUUCAGUUGAGAAACAGGUGUUGUCCAUCUGUCGAACCAUAGGACACGCUAAGACCAGAGCAGCACUGAGAGAGGGGAGUAUAUGAUUUACUAACUGUCGAGCAAAGUGGUUAUGGAUAUGUUUUAAGAGUUGUGGUAUUGUAAGGUAAGACUGCUUUGGUUAAGCAUUAGUUUUGAGGGUUUUUGAGGUUGUUGGGUAUUUCAUUUCUGUAUUUUAGCCUAGUUAACUUCCAGGUAGUGAAGGGAUUGUUCUUGAUUUGUCAUCAGCAGGCAUGGUCAGGCAGGCUGGCAGGCAAAGCCUUUUAUGUCGCCUUUAAACAAUGCUAGUUGAACUAUUCGUAUCACUCUACUUACAGUACAAUGCUGGAAGCUUCUCCCAAACAGUUGCUGUUUUGUGCUGCUACAACCUGCUUUUUCAAAGCCCCACCAGGAGAAUUUUUAACUUUUUUUAAUCUGCCAACAAACUUUCAGAAUAGAGGCACUGGCAGAGGAAAAUUCUUUGUCCAAAAUAGGUUACCAAAUGGUAGCAGAAAACUGUCAAACUGUGCUGUAAAGUUAGACUAAGAAUGUUCUGCUGUUUUUUCUAUUUUAGGAGGCAGAGACAGGAUUUGUUCCAAGUGUCCAGGACUUUGAUAAGAAACUUGCGGAGGCUGACGCAUACCUACAAAUUCUAAUUGAUCAGUUAAAGGUGAGGCUUUUCCACAUCUGGGUGACUAAGUAUGACAGUGACUCUAAUAAUAACGGUGACUGACUCGUCACUGCAUCAUCGAUGAAUGUGUUUUUAUUCAGCUCCUGAUUUGAGUGUAUCCCCUUCAGCUCCUCAUGCAUCUCCUCUCUUCCAGCUCUUCGAUGAGAAAAUCAAGGAUUGCAAAGAAGAUGAGUCACGCAGAGUGAGUGACAUCUCAAAGAGAAUAUUUUCUGUCAGUCUCUGUUUUAGUAGCUGUGAUUCACUUCCUUAUUGAGAUCAUGAGUUUUAGUUUUUGGUCAGUUUGGAACAUUUAAACUCUGUUAUUUAAUAUGGUGAAGACCAUCACCUAUUAUGUUGUGAUGAACAUAGGACACAACUAUAGUUGGAGUGAAAUCAUUGUUCGGCUGGUCUAAUGCCAUGAUUGUGAAAGCGUUUGAACAAAGCAUGUUUCUGCGUUGGUUUCACAGGUUUCACUGUGCCAAUCUUUCUCAGUCAAUGAUUUACCUAACUUUGAGUCAUGAAGUCUAGUUAGGUGUUAACAUAAAGUCUGAAGGGAAACAGGCAUUUUUAAUCAUGUUUUUCUCCUUUUAAGAAAAUUGAAAAUUUGAAGGAAACCACAUGUGUAAGUGAAACCCAUUUUUAAAAGUCCUUAUUUUCAGAAUCUCCUCCUGUCUGAAUUUGAGUGCGGUGUUUCAUUCUCUGUGCUGUUUCUCUUUUCAGAGUAUGGUAGAGUCCAUCAAGCACUGUAUUGUAUUGCUGCAGAUUGCAAAGGUAAAAAGGACUCAUUCAUUUGACUGUGGUGGGGCUCUAAUUGCAUCACUGUCAUGUCAUUGUUGUGAGAUCACAUCAUGGUGCACUGCUUGUUUUAGCCAUGCCAGUAGUUCUCCACUUAGCUACAGCCUGGGUUGUUGUUUAUUGUGGGCAGUUUGCUACAUUCCAUUAGGUUCCAUUUUGAGGUUUUGGAGAGGUGAUUCUCACAUACACUCGAUAAUCUUAAUGCUCAUAAUGCUUUUCUUGUGUUGGUGUUAGAAUUACAAAUGCUCUGACUUUCGAAAUAACUUGAUGGUUGCUUGAAAGACAAGCUGUUAAGCUCAUAUCACCAUUACAUACAAAGAGUUGAACAUUCCUCAAGUAAUGUUUUCUUCUCAACAUUUUAAGGAUCAAAGUAACGAACAGCAACACGCAAACGGACUGAUAGUAAGUUGCGACGUUCUCUGUCCAUUAGAAAUAUUGGGAUCAACCAAACCUCUAUCCUUCUUUUCCGAUUAAUUCACGCUAAACUAUAGAAAAAAAGACAAAUCAGAUAUGUAAAAGUGCAUGCCAUUUGAUUAGAAAAAAAGCUUUAUCCGGUAUAUUGCUCUUUCCUUUGCCACGCCACUAUCCCCUUUUUCAGCUGAAUAUCAUUUGUUUUUCUGUUGCUGAUAAUAGUGAGGAACUUUCCUCUUUACCACUCCUUUUAGACACAGAACAUCAUUCUGCUUCUUUUAUUAUUUUUCUCGCCAUCAAUUUUUUUCCUUACUGUGCAUGCCUAUUGAACCAUCAAGGACUAAUAGAUGUCAACCAAUCAAAGGCUGUUUACUGGCUUUACUCUCUUCCCAUUCAUAUUUUUAAGUCGGAAUCCCAUAGGAUCAGCCCGCCAGGCAGGUCUUGUGACAGUAAUCUCUCUGGCCAUUAGCCUUACACAUAUAGACCCUCUUCUAACCAUGCCUUAAGCACUCUCUAGCUCUAACCCCUUCCCUCAGCCUGCACUAGAGGCAUCCUUUGCUGUUGAUUUCAUCUCUACCUAGCGAGGCCACACUGGUUCCACCACGAUGGAGCAGCAACAUUUCUGUAAUUGGCUAUAAUUAGGAGUGGCUGCCUUACUAUCCAGAAAGCAUGUGGACAGCGGGAGGGGGGAGUUAAAUCUCCCAAAUCUCACACCGACCCCAGUUCUAAAGAGCAGAGAGAGGACUUACUAAACUUCACUGCAUGCCUUAAUUUCCUUGACUUGUUUCAUAUUUCCACUUUCCUGACUGUAAAGAUCCUUAGUUGAAGUAGUGACUUCUGUCUGUUCAGUAGAGUAGUGUGAAAUCUUCCAUUCUGCACAGUGCCCACACUGAUUUUCAGAGCACAUUCUCCUUCAUUCUCUCAGUCAUACCUCAGCAUGCUGCUCGUACCACACUGUUGUGUUCAGAGAUUGUGGAGGACUUGAUGAUUUCUGACUUCUCCUCAUGUUCUGCCUCUUGCUGUUGACAGAGUUACAGGCACAGGGUCAAAGGUAUCGCUGACCCAUAAAGCUAUGGCAGCAGUGUACUUUGUAUAAUGUGUGUACAUCUUUUAAAGAGAAAUCGAAAAGGUUAGACCACAGUUAAAUAUAACUAGGAUUAAAAUCUGUGGGUUUCAAAUCACAGGAUAACUUUAAAAGAUAAGUUAUGCCAUCACAUUCUAUAGCUCGCUGGAAUGGGUUUUGUCCUACAUUUUGCAGGGCUGAAAAUACGCUUGAGAUAGUAUUAGGCUUUACUGUGUUGUGAUAUACAGUGCCCUCUGUAAUUAUUGGGACAGUUAAACAUUUUUUUGUUUUGGCUCUGUACUCCAGCACUCUGGAUUUGAAAUGAUACAACGACUAUGAGGUUAAAGUGCAGACUGUCAGCUUUAAUUUGCAGAUAUUUUCAUCCACAUCGGGUGAACCGUUUAUUACAGCACUUUUGCACAUAGUCCCCCCAUUUUAGGGGACCAGAAGUAUUGGAACAAAUUCACUUAUGUGUAUUAAAGUAGUCAAAAGUGUAUUAUUUGGUCCCAUAUUCCUAACAUGCGAUGAUUACAUAAAGCUUGUGACUCUACAAACUUGUUCGAUGCAUUUGCUGUUUGUUUUGGUUGUGUUUCAGAUGAUUUUGUACCCAAUAGAAAAUAAUGGUAAAUAAUGUAUUGUCAUUUUGAAGUCUGUUUUAUUUUAAAUAAUAAUAGAAUGUUUCUAAAUACUUCUACAUUAAUGUGGAUGCUACUAGGAUUAUGGAUAGUCAUACACUUUUGACUACUUUAAUACACAUAUACAGUGGGGGAAAAAAGUAUUUAGUCAGCCACCAAUUGUGCAAGUUCUCCCACUUAAAAAGAUGAGAGAGGCCUGUAAUUUUCAUCAUAGGUACACGUCAACUAUGACAGACAAAAUUAGAAAGAAAAAUCCAGAAAAUCACAUUGUAGGAUUUUUAAUGAAUUUAUUUGCAAAUUAUGGUGGAAAAUAAGUAUUUGGUCAAUAACAAAAGUUUCUCAAUACUUUGUUAUAUACCCUUUGUUGGCAAUGACACAGGUCAAACGUUUUCUGUAAGUCUUCACAAGGUUUUCACACACUGUUGCUGGUAUUUUGGCCCAUUCCUCCAUGCAGAUCGCCUCUAGAGCAGUGAUGUUUUGGGGCUGUCGCUGGGCAACACGGACUUUCAACUCCCUCCAAAGAUUUUCUAUGGGGUUGAGAUCUGGAGACUGGCUAGGCCACUCCAGGACUUUGAAAUGCUUCUUACGAAGCCACUCCUUCGUUGCCCGGGCGGUGUGUUUGGGAUCAUUGUCAUGCUGAAAGACCCAGCCACGUUUCAUCUUCAAUGCCCUUGCUGAUGGAAGGAGGUUUUCACUCAAAAUCUCACGAUACAUGGCCCCAUUCAUUCUUUCCUUUACACGGAUCAGUCGUCCUGGUCCCUUUGCAGAAAAACAGCCCCAAAGCAUGAUGUUUCCACCCCCAUGCUUCACAGUAGGUAUGGUGUUCUUUGGAUGCAACUCAGCAUUCUUUGUCCUCCAAACACGACGAGUUGAGUUUUUACCAAAAAGUUCUAUUUUGGUUUCAUCUGACCAUAUGACAUUCUCCCAAUCCUCUUCUGGAUCAUCCAAAUGCACUCUAGCAAACUUCAGACGGGCCUGGACAUGUACUGGCUUAAGCAGGGGGACACUGCAGGAUUUGAGUCCCUGGCGGCGUACUGUGUUACUGAUGGUAGGCUUUGUUACUUUGGUCCCAGCUCUCUGCAGGUCAUUCACUAGGUCCCCCCGUGUGGUUCUGGGAUUUUUGCUCACCGUUCUUGUGAUCAUUUUGACCCCACGGGGUGAGAUCUUGCGUGGAGCCCCAGAUCGAGGGAGAUUAUCAGUGGUCUUGUAUGUCUUCCAUUUCCUAAUAAUUGCUCUCACAGUUGAUUUCUUCAAACCAAGCUGCUUACCUAUUGCAGAUUCAGUCUUCCCAGCCUGGUGCAGGUCUACAAUUUUGUUUCUGGUGUCCUUUGACAGCUCUUUGGUCUUGGCCAUAGUGGAGUUUGGAGUGUGACUGUUUGAGGUUGUGGACAGGUGUCUUUUAUACUGAUAACAAGUUCAAACAGGUGCCAUUAAUACAGGUAACGAGUGGAGGACAGAGGAACCUCUUAAAGAAGAAGUUACAGGUCUGUGAGAGCCAGAAAUUUUGCUUGUUUGUAGGUGACCAAAUACUUAUUUUCCACCAUAAUUUGCAAAUAAAUUCAUAAAAAAUCCUACAAUGUGAUUUUCUGGAUUUUUUCUCUCUCAAUUUGUCUGUCAUAGUUGACGUGUACCUAUGAUGAAAAUUACAGGCCUCUAUCAUCUUUUUAAGUGGAAGAACUUGCACAAUUGGUGGCUGACUAAAUACUUUUUAUCCCCACUGUAAGUGAAUUUGUCCCAAUACCUUUGGUCCCCUAAAAUGGGGGGACUAUGUACAAAAAGUGCUGUAAUUUCUGAACGGUUCACUCGAUAUGGAUGAAAAUACCCUCAAAUUAAAGCUGACAGUCUGAACUUUAACCUCAUAUUAAUUGUAUAAUUACAAAUCUAAAGAGCUGGAGUACAGAGCCAAAACAACAACAAAAAAUUUAACUGUCCCAAUAAUUACGGAUGGCACUGUAUGUAGUUAGAUAUUGAUUAGGUAGAACUAAAUUAUCCAAUAUUUACCGGAAGCAUAGUGAAAGGUAAUUGAUCUUUCUAGUCAUUGGCAGUGUGUAUUUUAUUUUGUCCUUGUAGUCUGCUCCGUUAAGUGCUACUGCCGGUGUAGAGCAAUGUGUGUUGCAGAUGUACAGUGAGGGAAAAAAGUAUUUGAUCCCCUGCUGAUUUUGUACGUUUGCCCACUGACAAAGAAAUGAUCAGUCUAUAAUUUUAAUGGUAGGUUUAUUUGAACAGUGAGAGACAGAAUAACAACAAAAAAAUCCAGAAAAACUCAUGUCAAAAAUGUUAAAUUGAUUUGCAUUUUAAUGAGGGAAAUAAGUAUUUGACCCCCUCUCAAUCAGAAAGAUUUCUGGCUCCCAGGUGUCUUUUAUACAGGUAACGAGCUGAGAUUAGGAGCACACUCUUAAAGGGAGUGCUCCUAAUCUCAGUUUGUUACCUGUAUAAAAGACACCUGUCCACAGAAACAAUCAAUCAAUCAGAUUCCAAACUCUCCACCAUGGCCAAGACCAAAGAGCUCUCCAAGGAUGUCAGGGACAAGAUUGUAGACCUACACAAGGCUGGAAUGGACUACAAGACCAUCACCAACAGUUGGUGCGAUUAUUCGCAAAUGGAAGAAACACAAAAUAACUGUCAAUAUCCCUCGGCCUGGGGCUCCAUGCAAGAUCUCACCUCAUGGAGUUGCAAUGAUCAUGAGAACGGUGAGGAAUCAGCCCAGAACUACACGGGAGGAUCUUGUCAAUGAUCUCAAGGCAGCUGGGACAAUAGUCACCAAGAAAACAAUUGGUAACACACUACGCCGUGAAGGACUGAAAUCCUACAGCGCCCGCAAGGUCCCCCUGCUCAAGAAAGCACAUAUACAUGCCGUCUGAAGUUUGCCAAUGAACAUCUGAAUGAUUCAGAGGAGAACUGGGUGAAAGUGUUGUGGUCAGAUGAGACCAAAAUGGAGCUCUUUGGCAUCAACUCAACUCGCCGUGUUUGGAGGAGGAGGAAUGCUGCCUAUGACCCUAAGAACACCAUCCCCACCGUCAAACAUGGAGGUGGAAACAUUAUGCUUUGGGGGUGUUUUUCUGCUAAGGGGACAGGACAACUUCACCGCAUCAAAGGGACGAUGGACGGGGUCAUGUACCGUCAAAUCUUGGGUGAGAACCUCCUUCCCUCAGCCAGGGCAUUGAAAAUGGGUCGUGGAUGGGUAUUCCAGCAUGACAAUGACCCAAAACACACGGCCAAGGCAACAAAGGAGUGGCUCAAGAAGAAGCACAUUAAGGUCCUGGAGUGGCCUAGCCAGUCUCCAGACCUUAAUCCCAUAGAAAAUCUGUGGAGGGAGCUGAAGGUUCGAGUUGCCAAACGUCAGCCUCGAAACCUUAAUGACUUGGAGAAGAUCUGCAAAGAGGAGUGGGACAAAAUCCCUCCUGAGAUGUGUGCAAACCUGGUGGCCAACUACAAGAAACGUCUGACCUCUGUGAUUGCCAACAAGGGUUUUGCCACCAAGUACUAAAUCAUGUUUUGCAGAGGGGUCAAAUACGUAUUUCCCUCAUUAAAAUGCCAAUCAAUUUAUAACAUUUUUGACAUGCGUUUUUCUGGAUUUUGUUGUUGUUAUUCUGUCUCUCACUGUUCAAAUAAACCUACCAUUAAAAUUAUAGACUGAUCAUGUCUUUGUCAGUGGGCAAACGUACAAAAUCAGCAGGGGAUCAAAUACUUUAUUCCCUCACUGUACCUAGCUAUGUAUUAUGUUUUAAGACUGGCACCAUUUUGUCUUGACCUGUACAGAGCACCAUCAACCCAGUGGAUGGGAUAUUUCAGCCUUUGGACACUUCUCUAGUCAACUUAGCCAUGCCAACACAGACCACCCUCCCCACAGGUACAGUAUACAUAGAGCCAUACACACAAUCUAAUCUACAGUCCUAUCAGGAAGAUUUGUCCCUCAGAAUAAAAAUAUCCCUUUGAGUCCACAUACUGAUAUUGCAUACAAAACUGACAAUUUGAUUUCAUGGACAUAGAUGAACAUUGGAUUUCAUACUUUCAGAUUUUUGUACCUGAUAAAUGUUUAUUUCCUGAAACACACAUCUAUAGUGCCCCCCUAUUUCUCAGCAUGUGUACUUCCCAAUGUAGGGCAAUCUAAAUUCAGCUUUCUCUGAAAUUGGACACAAAAAUCCAAUCCCAAGGUCUAGACCCAGUGUCAGCAAAGUUUGGUGACAUUAACAUUUUCACAGUCACAGGUUUAUAUUAAACUCUGACUGCUUUGCUGUUUAAAAAAAAAAAAAAAAAAAGCUUGCUCCCUCACAGGUCUGUAAUAAUGUUGAGUCUGUGGCAUCAUAAAGCAGUGUUGUUCUAAUGACAGAGCUUUUUCCUUUUUCUUGUCUCCUUUCUGUAGAUGGCUCCCAGAUGUGUAAAGGAGAACAGCGGCCCUCCACUCUAUCAGUGGGGCCUGUUGUCACGGUGAUGGGCAGCCUGCAGACUCCGACCCCCAACAGCACAGGUCAGAAGUCAUCUCACUCUAGUGGUCAGGUCACCAAUACUUACAGUGCCUUCAGAAAGUAUUCAUGCUCCUUGACUUAUUCCACAUUUAGUUGUGUUACAGCCUGAAUUCAAAAUUGAUUACAUUACCCCAUUUACUGAAAAUAAAAUACUGAAAUAUCUCAUUUACAUAAGUAUUCACACCCCUAAGUCAAUACAUGUUAGAAUCACCUUUGGCAGCGAUUACAGCUGUGAGUCUUUCUAGUUAAGUUUCUAAGAGCUUUGCACACUUGGAUUGUACAAUAUUUGCCCAUUAUUCUUUAAAAAAUUAUUCAAGCUCUGUCAAGUUAGUUGUUGGUCAUUGCUAGACAGCCAUUUUCAAGUCUUGCCAUAGAUUCUCAAGCAGAUAUAAGUCCAAACUGAACAUUCAUUCUUCUUGGUAAGCAACUCGAGUGUAGAUUUGGCCUUGUGUUUUAGGUUAUUGUCCUGCUGAAAUGUUAAUUCAUAUCCCAGUGUCUGGUGGAAAGCAGACUGAACCAGGUUUUUUCUCUAGGAUUUUGCCUGUGCUUAGCUCCAUUCAAUUUAUUUUUUAUCCUGAAAAUCUCCCCAGUCCUUAACGAUUAGAUUAUAAGCAUACCCAUAACAUGAUUCAGCCACCACUAUGCUUGAAAAUAUGGACAGUGGUACUCAUUAAUGUGUUGUAUUGGAUUUGCCCCAAACAUAACACUUUGUAUUCAGGACAAAAAGUGAAUUGCUUUGUCACAUUUUUUACAGUAUUACUAUGGUGCCUUGUUGCAAACAGGAUGCAUGUUUUGGAAUAUUUUUAUUCUGUACUUCCUUCUUUUUACUCUGUCAAUUAGGUUAGUAUUGUGGAGUAACUACAAUGUUGUUGAUCCAUCCUCAGUUUUCUCCUAUCACUCUGUAACUGUUUUAGAGUCACCAUUGUCCUCAUGGUGAAAUCCCUGAGCGGUUUCCUUCCUCUCAAAGGGAUAUUCAAUGUCUGCCUUUAAAAAAAAAGAAUGUAUCCAUCUGCCAAUAGGUGCCCUUCUUUGCAAGGCAUUGGAAAACCUCCCUGGUCUUUGUGGUUAAAUCUGUGUUUGAAAUUCACUGUUCGACUGAGGGAUCUUACAGAUAAUUGUAUGUGUGGGGUACAGAGAUGAGGUAGUUAUUAAAAAAUCAUGUUAAACACUAUUAUUGUACACAGAGUGAGUCCAUGCAGCUUAUUAUGUGGCUUGUUAAGCAAAUGUUUUACUCCUUUACUUAUUUAAGCUUGCCAUACCAAAGGGGUUGAAUACUUAUUGACGCAAGACAUUUCAGCUUUUUUUAAUUUUUAAUAAAUUUGUAAAAGUUUUGAAGUACAUAAUUUCACUUUGACAUAGGCCAGUGACAAAAAAAUCUCUAUUUAAUCCAUUUUAAAUUCAGGCUGUAAGAAAACAAAUUAUGGACAAAGUCAAGGGGUGUGAAUACUUUCUGAAGGCACUGUAACUAGCAGCUGUACUUGGACAAACAUUUCACUCUGUCUCCUAGAACUUGCAUUUAAAUAAAUAAAUAAUAUGCCAUUUAGCAGACGCUUUUAUCCAAAGCGACUUACAGUCAUGCGUGCAUACAUUUUUGUGUAUGGGUGGUCCCGGGGAUCGAACCCACUACCUUGGCGUUACAAGCGCCGUGCUCUACCAGCUGAGCUACAGAGGACCACUAUUUAGGGCUUGAGUAUCCACUCAGUGGGGAUGUCACGUCAUAAUCACCACACAAAUAAAACAGUAUUUACUUUUUUUUUAUUUACUCAUUGUAUUUUUCAAAAUGGGUUUUCAUUAGGUAUGUGUCCCUUGAUAGAAACCGCUGUUAGCAACAGGAAGUUUUGUUUUACUGCUAGAAUGUCUGGGGUAUAUCGGAAGCUAGGAGAGCACCUUAGGUACUUUCUCCAAAUGUCAUUAUUCCUCUGGCUUGGAGGGUCCUGCCUGUUUUCAAUCCUGCUGAUGCUGCUGAAUAAAUGCUGAGCUGUGCACUAAGGAAGAAGCCUGGGAGCACACAUUGCACUGCAGGGGAGAUUAUGCAAGGAACAAACUCCUCAUGGUUCCCUAACAAUAUGGGAACAAUAAGAACAGACAAAUGGUGUCCAUGUGAUCACUGAGAAGAAAGAGGCUGCAUCCAAUUUGUAAGUCGCUCUGGAUAAGAGCGCCUGCUAAAUGACGUAAAUGUAAUAGAGCCUCUAUGUAUGAUUUAGUUCAAAGCAGUUAUAAUUGUUUAUUUACAAGAGUAAACUAUUAAAAGCCAUUGUUGCUAUACAUGGUUUAAGCCCGUCUCAGCUGGGAUCCCCUGCUCACCACCACCCCAUUUUCUCUCUCUCUUUCUCUCUGUCUGUCUGUGUUUCAGGGAGUGGCCCCUCGGCGGCCAGCAGUAGCAUUGCCUCCCCCAGUCACAUGACCAUCACCUCCCACUCGGUCCCUGACUUCUCCUACUCCAGCAGUGAAGACGAGUUCUAUGACGCUGACGAGUUCUCCCAGAACAGCACGUCUCCCAAGCACCUCCUAGAGUGAAUAUCUACUGUCUUUAUCCAUCCACACAGCAGUUUACUGGGGAUUACAGGGACCUAGGACAGGGAUGGAAAUGGUCCACCUGACCACAUCCUGGCACUCUCUUUAUUUCAUGAUUUUAUUGAUCCUUUGUUGUCAUUGUACAUUUCUGAGUUGUACUUGUUACUUAUGGCAAUUUCCUGAAACUGGUCUGAUUCAACCCCAUGUUGAAUACUUGAUGGGUAUGGGUAGGGCUGUGGCUGUCAUUACAUUUUGUCAGCCGGUUAUUGUCAUGCAAAAUACUGCCGGUCUCACGUUAAAUUACCUUUAAUUAACAUAAACACGUUUAGCAUCUCCAUGACUCCAUGCGUACUUUACUAAUCUUGUCUUUACUAAUAUGUACAAUUUAUUUAAAUUUAGAAUGGCCCAUUAUCAAAUGGGCAGGAACGGGCACGGGCAAAAAUACAUGUCAUCCGUAUGCGCUCGAAUAGGUGGUUCGUUUUUCAAUCAUGCUGGGUAGGCUACUCCGGUUAUUUCACUCUACACAUCAACCACUGCUUGAGGAGCAUUGCGCGACAGGUGAUAUUCCACCCAAACUCUGUAUGCGAUGGGCUCUACAACCCUGUUCCUGCAGCUAGCCAGGGCCUAAUUUGGGAAACCAAGUGAAAUCUGUUCGGGAACAUCGGUAGUAACAUGUUUUCACAACUAAACAUAUUUCAUAAAAAAUACAUUUAAAAAAGCCCUAUUACUAGGCUAUUCAAAAUCAAAUACAAAUUCACUAUAGUUGUAGGCUAACUCUGUAAGCCGCCCUGCACAAUCAAUGAAUCAACAGCAUCGCUUAAGCCUACACGUUCUCUCCCAGACUCAUGGAUAGAAAGUUUGGAGCGUAGCAUAAGGUAACCAGUCCAUCCAGUAUGCAUAAUAAUGCAGUCCACAGUCAAAGGCGAUUACAAAAAAAUAUUGAAUUUUGGAGUAUAGGCUAGACCAAUUAUGUACCAAAGACAUCUUAAAUACACUGCUCAAAAAAAGAAAGGGAACACUAAAAUAACACAUCCUAGAUCUGAAUGAAUGAAAUAAUCUUAUUAAAUACUUUUUUCUUUACAUAGUUGAAUGUGCUGACAACAAAAUCACACAAAAAUGAUCAAUGGAAAUCAAAUUUAUCAACCCAUGGAGGUCUGGAUUGGAGUCACCCUCAAAAUUAAAGUGGAAAACCACACUACAGGCUGAUCCAACAUUGAUGUAAUGUCCUUAAAACAAGUCAAAAUGAGGCUCAGUAGUGUGUGUGGCCUCCACGUGCCUGUAUGACCUCCCUACAACGCCUGGGCAUGCUCCUGAUGAGGUGGCGGAUGGUCUCCUGAGGGAUCUCCUCCCAGACCUGGACUAAAGCAUCCGCCAACUCCUGGACAGUCUGUGGUGCAACGUGGCGUUGGUGGAUGGAGCGAGACAUGAUGUCCCAGAUGUGCUCAAUUGGAUUCAGGUCUGGGGAACGAGCGGGCCAGUCCAUAGCAUCAAUGCCUUCCUCUUGCAGGAACUGCUGACACACUCCAGCCACAUGAGGUCUAGCAUUGUCUUCCAUUAGGAGGAACCCAGGACCAACCGCACCAGCAUAUUGUCUCACAAGGGGUCUGAGGAUCUCAUCUCGGUACCUAAUGGCAGUCAGGCUACCUCUGGCGAGCACAUGGAGGGCUGUGCGGCCCCCCAAUGAAAUGCCACCCCACACCAUGACUGACCCACCGCCAAACCGGUCAUGCUGGAGGAUGUUGCAGGCAGCGGAUGUUCUCCACGGCGUCUCCAGACUCUGUCACGUCUGUCACAUGUGCUCAGUGUGAACCUGCUUUCAUCUGUGAAGAGCACAGGGCGCCAGUGGCGAAUUUGCCAAUCUUGGUGUUCUCUGGCAAAUGCCAAACGUCCUGCACGGUGUUGGGCUGUAAGCACAACCCCCACCUGUGGACGUCGGGCCCUCAUACCACCCUCAUGGAGUCUGUUUCUGACCGUUUGAGCAGACACAUGGACAUUUGUGGCUUGCUGGAGGUCAUUUUGCAGGGCUCUGGCAGUGCUCCUCCUGCUCCUCCUUGCACAAAGGCGGAGGUAGCAGUCCUGCUGCUGGGUUGUUGCCCUCCUACGGCCUCCUCCACGUCUCCUGAUGUACUGGCCUGUCUCCUGGUAGCGCCUCCAUGCUCUGGACACUACGCUGACAGACACAGCAAAUCUUCUUGCCACAGCUCGCAUUGAUGUGCCAUCCUGGAUGAGCUACACUACCUGAGCCACUUGUGUGGGUUGUAGACUCCGUCUCAUGCUACCACUAGAGUGAAAGCACCGCCAGCAUUCAAAAGUGACCAAAACAUCAGCCAGGAAGCAUAGGAACUGAGAAGUGAUCUGUGGUCACCACCUGCAAAACCAGUCCUUUAUUGGGGGUGUCUUGCUAAUUGCCUAUAAUUUCCACCUGUUGUCUAUUCCAUUUGCACAACAGCAUGUAAAAUGUAUUGUCAAUCAGUGUUGCUUCCUAAGUGGACAGUUUGAUUUCACAGAAGUGUGAUUGACUUGGAGUUACAUUGUGUUGUUUAAGUGUUCCCUUUAUUUUUUUGAGCAGUGUAUAUUCUUACUUUUUUUUGCAGUGCGUAAAAUUAUUAUUUUAAUUGUUAUUUUUUCGGCCUUGAGGUCACAUAUAGGCCUAUGCGUAUACAUAAGCUUUAAUAUGCGUAUGGAUGUUUUGAAUGAAUCAUCACCUUAGAAAGCACUGUCCAUUUUGUUGUGUUAGGCUUUGAAACAACAUCCACAACGACCAUGGUUUCAACCUGUUGUUGAACUUCUUCAAAUGUUAAAAGCACAUACUGUUUUGAUUGUGUUUUGAUGUGAUUUUUGAUUGCAUUUGCAUUGAUGUCAGAGUGGUUAGAGGGACAAUAGAGCCCUGAGUACCAGGCCAUUAGUGACCUGUUGAUCGUUAGGGAGUUGGGUACUACCAACACAUAUCUAGAGUGCAUAAGAGGAGAUUACCGUGACUCAACAGUCACGUGGAAUUCUACUGCGGUCAUAACUCAUUACUUCCGGUGUGGCGGUAAUACGGUCACCGCAACAACCCUAGGUAUGGGAAAAUGCAACUCAUCAUAAGCUGAUUGUGUUUUUCUAGAGGUGUGUUUUAAUCCUGUGCCUUUACGGCAUAUAUUUCCUAUUAUGUAAUCAGUUAUUUCUUUCUCUGCAUCCCUCCACCUUCAUCUAAAGUGGCGCAGUGGUCUAAGGCACUGCAUCGCAGUGCUAACUGUGCCACUAGAGAUCCUGGUUCGAAUCCAGGCUCUGUCGCAGCCGGCCGCGACCGGGAGACUCAUGGGCGGCGCACAAUUGGCCCAGCGUCGUCCAGGGUAGGGGAGGGAAUGGCCGGCAGGGAUGUAGCUCAGUUGAUAGAGCAUGGCGUUUGCAACGCCAGGGUUGUGGGUUCGAUUCCCACGGGGGGCCAGUAUAAAAAAAUAUAUAUAUAUAUAUAUGUAUUCACUAACUGUAAGUCGCUCUGGAUAAGAGCGUCUGCUAAAUGACUAAAAUGUAAAUGUAAAUCUCUCCCUCCAUUUUUUUCUCUGUCAGUCCCUCUAGGCCUUCUGCUGCUUUGCCUCACAGCGAUGACGGAACAGUGCUGAAACGACCAGACACUAACGAGUCCCUCGACUCCUCCAUGUCUAACGGCACCACUGAUGCAGGUGAUACACGCACAAACGCACAUUGCCCUACUUAUCCUCACACCUGUCUACCCCCAACAAUAACCUACAGUGAGCUGCAAAAGUAUUGGGACAGUGACACAUGUUAUUGUAAUGGUGAGAGGUUAGCAUAUCGUCUGUAACUUUCGCACUCAUCAUUAUUCACAAUUCAUUCAGGACUAUCUGUUAUUAAUGGUAGCAUCCACAUUAAUGUAGAAGUGUUUAGAAACCUAUUCUAUUCUUAUUUACAAUAAAAGUGACCCCAGAAUGACACAAUACAUUAUUUAUCAAUCAUUUCUAUUUGGCACAAAAUAAUCUGAAACACAACCAAAACAAACAGCAAAUGCAUCCAACCGAUUUGUAGAGUCACAAGCUUGAUGUAAUCAUUGCGUGCUAGGAAUAUGGGACCAAAUACUAACUUUUGACUACUUUAAUACACAUACAGUGAGAGAAAAAAGUAUUUGAUCCCCUGCUGAUUUUGUACGUUUGCCCACUGACAAAGAAAUGAUCAGUUUAUAAUUUUAAUGGUAGGUUUAUUUGAACAGUGAGAGACAGAAUAAAAACAAAAACAUGAUUUAGUACUUGGUGGCAAAACCCUUCUUGUAGUUGGCCACCAGGUUUGCACACAUCUCAGGAGGGAUUUUGUCCCACUCCUCUUUGCAGAUCUUCUCCAAGUCAUUAAGGUUUUGAGGCUGACGUUUGGCAACUCGAACCUUCAGCUCCCUCCACAGAUUUUCUAUGGGAUUAAGGUCUGGAGACUGGCUAGGCCACUCCAGGACCUUAAUGUGCUUCUUCUUGAGCCACUCCUUUAUUGCCUUGGCCGUGUGCUUUGGGUCAUUGUCAUGCUGGAAUACCCAUCCACGACCCAUUUUCAAUGGUUAUCACCCAAGAUAUGACGGUACAUGGCCCCAUCCAUCGUCCCUUUGAUGCGGUAAAGUUGUCCUGUCCCCUUAGCAGAAAAACACCCCCAAAGCAUAGUGUUCUUGGGAUCAUAGGCAGCAUUUCUCCUCCUCCAAACACGGCGAGUUGAGUUGAUGCCAAAGAGCUCGAUUUUGGUCUCAUCUGACCACAACACUUUCACCCAGUUCUCCUCUGAAUCAUUCAGAUGUUCAUUGGCAAACUUCAGACGGGCAUGUAUAUGUGCUUUCUUGAUCAGGGGGACCUUGCGGGCGCUGCAGGAUUUCAGUCCUUCACAGUGUAGUGUGUUACCAAUUGUUUUCUUGGUGACUAUGGUCCCAGCUGCCUUGAGAUCAUUGACAAGAUCCUCCCGUGUAGUUCUGGGCUGAUUCCUCACCGUUCUCAUGAUCAUUGCAACUCCACAAGGUGAGAUCUUGCAUAGAGCCCCAGGCCGAGGGAGAUUGACAGUUCUUUUGUGUUUCUUCCAUUUGCGAAUAAUCGCACCAACUGCUGUCACCUUCUCACCAAGUUGCUUGGCGAUGGUCUUGUAGCCCAUUCCAGCCUUGUGUAGGUCUAAAAUCUUGUCCCUGACAUCCUUGGAGAGCUCUUUGGUCUUGGCCAUGGUGGAGAGUUUGGAAUCUGAUUGAUUGCUUCUGUGGACAGGUGUCUUUUAUACAGGUAACAAGCUGAGAUUAGAAGCACUCCCUUUAAGAGUGUGCUCCUAAUCUCAGCUCGUUACCUGUAUAAAAGACACCUGGGAGCCAGAAAUCUUUCUGAUUGAGAGGGGGUCAAAUACUUAUUUCCCUCAUUAAAAUGCAAAUCAAUUUAUAACAUUUUUGACAUGCGUUUUUCUGGAUUCUUGUGUUGUUAUUCUGUCUCUCACUGUUCAAAUAAACCUACCAUUAAAAUUAUAGACUGAUCAUUUCUUUGUCAGUGGGCAAACGUAGAAAAUCAGCAAGGGAUCAAAUACUUAUUUCCCUCACUGUAUAAGGGAAUUUGUUCCAAUACUUUUGGUCCCUUAAAAUGGGGGGACUAUGUACAAAAGUGCUGUAAUUUGUAAACGGUUCACCCGAUAUGGAUGAAAAUACCCUCAAAUUAAACUGACAGUCUGCACUUUAACCUCAUAGUCAUUGUAUCAUUUGAAAUCAAAAGUGCUGGAGUACAGAGCCAAAACAACAACAAAUGUGUCACUUUCCCAAUACUUUUGGAGCUCAAUGUAUUUCUCUGUAACAACAUCACACAUUCUGUUCCUUUUUUGGCUGAUGUUUUCUUUCGUAACAGAAAAGAGGAUGUCAGGCUGUCCUGAAUCAGUGGUGGCUGGUCUACUGUAGGUGUUUUUAACUCUCUGCUGUCUGCUCUGGUCAGAUCAAUUUGACAGCCAUGAUGAUGAGGCGGAGGAUCAGGGGGAGUCUGUGGAGGAGCACAAGAGUGUCAUCAUGCAUCUGCUGUCCCAGGUGCGACUGGGCAUGGACCUCACCAAGGUAAGAGCUCUGUGUGUCUGUCCGUCCUGUCACUCUCUCUUUCUCUCUUGCUAACUGUUUCUUUCUCUUUCCCUCUCUCUCUCUCCUCAGGUGGUCCUCCCCACAUUUAUCUUAGAGAGGAGGUCUUUGCUGGAGAUGUAUGCUGACUUCUUUGCACAUCCGGAUUUGUUUGUCAGGUACAUCACUUCAAAUUCUCUCCAAAUGUACCCAAAAAGAAGGAAAACAUUUUGUUUCAGAAUCCCAUCCAUGGCAUUAUAACCUUUGAUCCAGUGGUGUGACGACUGAUGUUCUCAUCCCCAGUAUCGCGGAUCAGCUAGAACCCAAAGAGCGCAUGGUUCAGGUGGUAAAAUGGUACAUGUCAGCCUUCCACGCAGGGAGGAAAAGCUCAGUGGCCAAGAAGCCUUACAACCCCAUCCUGGGAGAGGUCUUCUUCUGCCACUGGGACCUGCCUUCAGAGAGUGAGGAGCUCACUGCAGUGGUGAGCAUUGACAGAGCAGCCUUGACCGAGCCCAUUGUACCACAAUAAAGACUGACAAUUUAUAUUGAUAUGAUUUGAUUUUUAAACUAGUUUUAUAAUACUAUAAUCAGUGUAAAGUUUUGUGAUACUGAGGCAAGUUUUUUAAUUUGUUUCAUCAAUUCUUUACUGAUAAAUAAAUGCUAACCACCGACCCCUCCUCCCACCCCUCAGGAGCCAUCGUCAGAGGGUCCAGUGCCAUGGUCUUCAGCCAACAGUGUGUCUUUUGUAGCAGAGCAGGUCUCUCAUCACCCCCCUAGUGAGUCUCCCCACCCCGUCAACAUUAGACAGCUGACACAGAACCAGAGCCAUAGAGUUAAGUUAACUGCUAUAACAUGUUUACUGUACUGUUGCCUUUCCUCUUCCUUGUAGUUUCUGCAUUCUACGCAGAGUGUCUCAGUAAAAAGAUUCAGUUCAACGCCCACAUUUGGACCAAGUCAAAGUUCUUAGGAAUGUCAAUUGGAGUCCACAAUAUUGGCCAGGGUAAGAAAUCUCUUCAACCAAUCUCUACCAACGGUAGAUGGCUCACAUCGUCCAUAAACGUGUGUGCUCACACACUUACAAAAACCUUAUGGUCUUCUGUGUAUUCUGAAGUGUGUGCUUCCCCAUUUCUCCUGUAGGCUGUGUGUCCUGUCUGGAACAUGACGAGCACUACAUACUCACCUUCCCCAAUGGCUAUGGCAGGUAGGCUCAUGCUUUUAAAAGUGAAUAGCACACACACUCACACUCUCUCACGUUUGUGGUUCUGGAAAUAAAAGCCCCAGUUCAAUUAAAAAUAAGUUAACUCCAGCACAGUGCACAAAAUGUACUGUAUGUUAAGUGAGUGUGUAUAAAUGGGUAUACCAUGUUAUCUGGAUUCCCUGACCUGACAUGUAAUGGGGUGUUCCUUCUCUCUUCAGGUCGAUCCUGACCGUCCCAUGGGUGGAGUUGGGUGGAGAAUGUAACAUCAACUGCUCCAAAACGGGCUACAGUGCCAGCAUUGUGUUUCACACUAAGCCCUUCUAUGGUGGCAAGAAGCACAGGAUCACCGCUGAGAUCUUGUAAGGAGGAUUUUCUUAUUUUUAAUCAUGCAUGUAGUGUUAGCCUAUUAUUGCUUUAUUUACUGUGCUCAUAGCAGUAUAUGGAAAUCAGUUUUUGUUGUGAUGUUAAAGAUGCGUUCUAAAGGUUUUGGAUAAUUUCAGCCAGUAGUUUUGAAAGUAGCACCCACAAGCCAAAACAGGUCCUCAAAAAUGUUUAUUAUACAAUGCAUUUGGAAAGUAUUCAGACCCCUUGACUUUUUCCACAUUUUGUUACGUUACAACCUUGUUCUAAAAUUGAUUAAACUGUUGUGUUCCCCUAUCUACACACAAUACCCCAUAAUGACAAAGCAAAAACAGGUUAUCAAUUUUAGCAAAUAUGUAAAUGUGAUUUCUGUUUUUUAAAUUUGAUAUAAGUAUUCAGACCCUUUACUCAGUACUUUGUUGAAGCACCUUUGGCAGCGAUUACAGCCUCGAGUCUUCUUGGGUAUGACGCUACAAGCUUGACACACCACCUGUAUUUGGAGAGUUUCUCUCAUUCCUCUCUGCAGAUCCUCUCAAGCUCUGUCAGGUUAGAUGGGAAGCGUUGCUGCACAGCUAUUUUCAGCUCUUUCCAGAGAUGUUCGAUCAGGUUCAAAUCCGGGCUCUGGCUGGGCCACUCAAGGACAUUCAGAGAAUUGUCCCAAAGCCACUCCUGCAUUGUCUUGGCUGUGUGCUUAGGGUCGUUGUCCUGUUGGAAGGUGAACGUUCACCCCAGUCUGAGGUCCUGAGCGCUCUGGAGUAGGUUUUUGUACUUUACUCCGUUCAACUUUGCCUCGAUCCUGACUAGUUUCCCAGUCCCUGCCGCUAAAAAACAUCCCCACAGCAUGAUGCUGCCACCAUGCUUCACCGUAGGGAUGGUGCCAGGUUUCCUCCAGACCUGACGCUUGGCAUUCAGGACAAAGAGUUCCAUCUUGGUUUCAUCAGACCAGAGAAUCUUGUUUCUCAUGUUCUGAGAGUCUUUAGGUGCCUUUUGACAAACUCCAAGCGGGCUGUCGUGCCUUUUACUGAGGAGUGGCUUCCGUCUGGCCACUACCAUAAAGGCCUUAUUUGGUGGAGUGCUGCAGAGAUGGUUGUCCUUCUGGAAGAUUCUCCCAUCUCCACAGAGUAACUCUAGAGCUCUGUCAGAGUGACCAUCGAGUUCUUGGUCACCUCCCUGUCCAAGGCCCUUCUCCCCCGAUUACUCAGUUUGUCCGGGCGGCCAGCUCUAGGAAGAGUCUUGGUGGUUCCAAACUUCUUCCAUUUAAGAAUGAUGGAGGCCACUGUGUUCUUGGGGACCUUCAAUGCUGCAGAAAUGUUUUGGUACCCUUCCCCAGAUCUAUGCCUUGACACAAUCCUGUCUCGGCGCUCUACGGACAAUUCCUUCGUCCUCAUGGCUUGGUUUUUGCUCUGACAUACACUGUCAACUGUGGGACCUUAUAUAGACAGGUGUGUGCCUUUCCAAAUCAUGUCCAAUCAAUUGAAUUGACCGCAGGUGGACUCCAAUCAAGUUGUAGAAACAUCUCAAGGAUGAUCGAUGGAAACCGGAUGCACCUGAGCUCAAUUUCGAGUCACAUAGCAAAGGGUCUGAAUACUUAUGUAAAUAAGGUAUUUCUGUUUUUUGUAAUACACUUGCAAAAAUUUCUAAAAACCUGUUUUCGCUUUAUCAUUAUGGGGUAUUGUGUAUAGAUUGCUGAGGAAAAUGUAUUAUUUAAUCCAUUUUAGAAUAAGGCUGUAACGUAACAAAAUGUGGAAAACGUCAAGGGGUCUGAAUAUUUUCCGAAGGCACUAUAUAUUUCAAAUGUGUUUGUUUGCAGUCCUCCCAAUGACAAGAAGUCAUUCUGCUCCAUUGAAGGAGAGUGGAAUGGAGUGAUGCACGCUAAGUGGGCAUCUGGGGUGAGUUCAGUUUGAAAAUGUGAUCUCUGCUCGAUAUCAAUGAAUUUUUGUUUUGUUUUUGUUUUUUACCUCAAACACUGAAGGUUGACCUCUUACAUUAAAAUCAAAAUAGAAAGUGUUAAUAUUUUAAUAGACACUUUCAACCCUAACUUACUAUCUCUUGAAUCCAGGAAAACUCCUUGUUCAUUGACACAAAGAAAAUGGGCUGUAUCAAGAAGAAGGUGAGGAAGUUGGAGGACCAGCUGGAGUAUGAGUCCCGCAGGUGAGAAGCCUCUCUCUUUGUAUUUUCAUGGCCACAGAAGUGCAUUAAUAAGUAGCUGUUUUUCAUUUGUUCUGUCCAGUCCCCUUUCUGUUGAUGUGGGGGUAGUAGCUCCUGUCAUGGCAUACAGUUUAAUUGGGCUAUCAAUCCAACCAGGCAUAAAAUAAUCUGAUUUAACAAUAUAUUUAUUUUGUUUGGUCUGAAACCUCAAGUCCCUGUUUGUGUUUUACCCUCAGCCUGUGGAAGGAUGUGACGGUCAGCCUGAAGUCGAGAGACAUCGAUGCAGCAACGGAAGCAAAGCACAGGCUGGAGGAGAAGCAGAGGGGGGAGGCCAGGGAGAGGAAGGAAAACGAAAUGCAGUGGGAAACUAGGGUGAGUGUGCCUAUUCUUAUCACACAUCUCCAGAGCCCUGACAGCAAUAUUAACGGCCACCAGUCCAUAUCAAGGUUAAUAGUUCACAGUAAUGAUGAUUGUACAUAGUUUAAUAUGUAGAUGGAAAGUAUAUGACUCAUAGGGUGCCUCGCUUACUUGUCAAAAUAUUUGUGUUAAUUGCAGAUGCAAAUGUUAACCUGUACCUUUCGAUUUUUGAAAGAAGUAUUGUAGUCCCCACUGAUUAAGUCUCUGUUUACUCCCUGCAGUUGUUCCAUGAGGAUGGAGAGUGCUGGGUCUACGAUGAGCCUCUACUGAAAAGAACUGGAUCACAGAGGCACUGAGGCCACAGAUACAGAUCUCGGAGUCUUAAUAAGAACUCUUUUUCGAACCACUUCUUAUCCAAGCCUUGGAAUGACUGAUGAUUGAACAUGUACACAGCUUUGCAUUUUCAAAGUUAAAAUGGAAUGAAAUUAAGAAGAAACAUCUACGAUGUAAAAAAGAAUACUCCUUGUUUUCGCCAACCCCACCGCCUCCACCUCUCCAUCCCCUAAACGACUAAAAGAAGCAUAAUAACAAAACCAGUACCGAUGCCCUUCGGCUACACAAACAAGCCCUCACAAUCUGGCAGGAGGAUCCCACGAGGGUAUGUCCUUUUCCCCGAGGGGGAGGGUGUUUUGAUUGAACAAUCCUUGAAAAACAGCGUUCUAUAUCUCAGGGAAACUGGUGACUGAGGAAUGAAAGCUGUACCUCCGGGAGUUUGACAGCCUUAUGGUGGAAUCACAAGGGGGAGAACUUGGCUUGCCUACAACUAGCUACAGCUGUUUAUAUAUAGAUACAUAUGAUGAAUAUAUAUAUUCUUUUUUAUUUCCUUUCUCUUUCCUUAUGGCAAUAGUAAAUAUUUGAGGAUAUGAACUCUAUGGCAACACAUCAGGAAUCAUUCCAUUUCCCUUCUACAUUUGUCCCCUCUCAAGUUCGUCGACAUUGCCUUUCCCCAUGUACUAACUCCACCAUCUAGUGUGUGUUUAUCUUCUCAAGAGGACCAGAAGAACCCAAUAAGUAUGCAUUUGCAAGAUAGACGGAAGGUGGAGUCGAGGAAGAGGACUUGUCUCCAUGUUGAUUAUUUUCCCUUUUGGCAUUUAUGAACAAAUGUAUGUUUUUUUGUUUUGUUUUUCAGAUGAUUGGGUAACAUGUUAAGGAGCUUUAAUGAGAGUAGGUUUUAUUGAGUGCUGCUAGAAUGUCCAAAUUUGGUUGAGGGUGCAAAAUGUGCUUUCCAAUUGUUGUUCAAUAGGAAAGCAUAUAAUGGUCUCAUGUCUGCUUUUAAAAUAAGGGUUGAUUCCCCAUUCAGUUCAACAUCAGUUUAACCUCAGUAAGCUGAUGUUUGGAUAAGUACCUAAAAUAAAAUAUAGAUUUUUCACUUGAGCAUAUGAAUCAUUAUAUAUGUUUCUGGAUAUUCUUCAGCGAACCCAUUACGUACAAUAUUGUCAGCUAAAGUCAUCUGUUCAUGUUUCCCUCAGAAGACGUUUUAUCAGUAAGCAAGGCCAGGUUAUACAGUACAUGAAUUUACAUUUUGGUCAGUGGAAAGGAGUUGUGAUACAGCGACCGAAACCAUAUGUAGCAAUAUAGAGCACAUUCCUGCUGAAUACACGCAUGCAAUGAUUGCCUGUGGUGAAAAACUCAAAUUCAGGUGGAUUUUCAUCCUAUUCUCUCUAAAGUAGGUAAAUACUGUAUAUUCUAAUAAAAUAGAAUUUACAGAGGUUACAAACUUAAAAGCCAUUAUUUUUUCAUGUUAUGUCUUUGUAAAUUAAUAUUGAAUUGAGGCCUUGCCAUACAUUUCCACAUCACUCAGUAUCGCUUCAAACGAGCAAUCAAAACAAAAUGUAUUUUUUAUUUCCUUCAAAUCAUAACCAUUGAUUGUAUCACAUUUUCAUGUUUAUUGAUGCAUAUUAUUAAAUCUCCCUGAGUUUA